UCCACCGCCUCACUUAUAAUUUCGGUACCUAAUUAAAAAAACACUCUGGAAAUCAUUUAUAGGGUUUUAUAAAUCAAAAUUAGGGUUUCUGAUGAUCUAUUCAACUGAUUUUCUCUGCUUGGAAGCUCAGUUUAUACCGAUUAUGAUGUAACAAAAUUUUAUUUUGCUACUAUUGUGUGCAUCUUAUCUACUUAUAACUUGUAAGCUGGUGAUGUGUCGCUGGUUUUGAUUUCGUGGAAGAUGAAGUGCCCGCUUACUUGAUAAAGAGGGGUAAGAGUUUUACAAGAGGAAUGAAUGAUUACGAAGUGUCAUGGUUGUGUUAUAGGGUGAACUGAUCUUUAAAUUUUAGGACGUUCUUGGACAAAUAUACUUUAGUUAGUCUUGGUCUUUUUGACUUUGUUUAAGUAAAUUUAAAUUAGGUUUGGUAGGUUAUAAAGAUGGCUGAUGAAACAGUUAAAGAUUCUGUAUGGACAAGACAGCAGGAUAUUGCAUUUGAACAUGCACUUAUUACUUACCCUGAUGAGGAUGCUAAGGAUAGGUGGGAAAAGAUUGCGGCCGAGGUUCCAGGGGAUAAAUCAGUGGAAGAGAUUAAGAGUCACUAUGAUUUGUUACUUGAGGAUUUGGACCGGAUUGAGUCUGGUGUCGUUCCUUUGCCUUUAUAUAGUUCCUCUUUGGACGACUUAGAAAACCAAGCAGGUGACGGUGGAACCAGUAAGAAAGGUGGAAAUGCUGGUCAAAAUGCCAGUGAAUCUCAUCAUGGUGGCAAGGCCUCAAAGGCAGAUCAAGAGCGUCGGAAGGGAAUUGCUUGGACCGAGGAUGAGCACAGAUUAUUUCUUCUUGGUUUAGAAAAAUAUGGGAAAGGUGAUUGGCGCAGUAUAUCUAGAAAUUAUGUGGUGACCCGCACCCCCACUCAAGUUGCAAGCCAUGCACAAAAGUAUUUCAUUCGCUUGAACUCCAUAAACAAAGAUAGGAGGCGAUCAAGCAUCCAUGACAUCACCAGUGUCAACAAUGGAGAUGUGUCGGUGCCCCAACCGCCAACAAACGAUUCCCCUGCAGGAAAAUCAAGCAAACAAACCACAGGUGUCAACAUGUAUGGUGGAACCACAAUUGGUCAACCAGUAGUAGGAACACCUGUAAAUCUUGCAGCACCACCAGCCAUGGGUUAUGGUGUGGGAACCCCAGUUGUCCCGGGUGUACCGCCAAACUUGGACCCUAGGGCAUCUCGUCACAGGUGAAGAAAAAUGUAAUUGUACAAACAGUAGCUAGGUUUGUAUUUUGUGGGUGAUAGUAAGUAGAAAUGAUUUUGCAGAAGUUUCAUGAGAUUAGUUCCAUCUUAAUAUUUUGAUUAUAUUCUCGAAUAAGACAUAGGGGAAUGAAUGCUUUGCUUAUAUGUAUGUUAUGAUUGGUUACACAGCAAUGCACACAUCAUUAUGCUCCGUUUGUAUGAA